AUGGAACUCGCGAAAAUUAGUUCAGGAGAUCACGCAAAGCUUGGCGUUGACGCGGUAACAUCCACAAUCCCCACGUUUUCCUACAUCUCAACCACUCCAAACACAACAUACACCCUGCUCCUGAUCGACCUCUCCAUCAACGCCCUCACAAUCGACACCUCCUCCCUGAACCCUACCUAUCAGCUUCCCCUCGCACCCGGCAUCUCCGCCAACCGCACCACGCUGCUCCACUUCUGGCAAGCGGGCCUCACCUUCACUGCCAACGGCACCCUUGUCAACACCACCUCCCCCAUCGCUUUCUAUGCCGCCCCCUCGCCUCCACCGGCCGAUAUUCCGCAUUCCUAUGUCUUCUACCUUUUCGAGCAAAAAGCGGGAUUUGCGCCGCCGCCCGAGGACAGCCCCUUCAGCCCGGAUAAUGUGAGUAAGUCACCGGGCAAUAGGCGGAGCUUCAAUGUGCAGGGAUUCACCCAAGAGAAGGGCGUGGGGGAUUUGGUGGCUGGGAAUUAUUUCCAGGUCGUGAAUACCACUGGCUCUGCGGGGAGUAGUGCAAGUGCAAGUGCUGGAGGUGGCACGACGGCGAGCGCGACAGGAAGUGUGACUGCGCCGACUGCGCCGAGCUUCACAGGUGCGGCUGUUAAGGCGGGAAUUGGAGCUGUUGGUGGCUCCAUGAUGGUGGCUGGGUUCGCAAUGAUUCUGUUGUUAGGCUAG